GAGGCUGCGCCAUGUCGUCGCUGCCGCGUGCGCUGCAGCCGCCUUCCUGGUUGCCGGGGGCGACAAGUCCGACCUGGUGCCCGCGAUGGAGACCUACGCGCCGAAGAGCUGCAAGUUCAACCUGCUGCCCAGCUCGCUGAGGUCCCGAGCCUACACCGCCGUCACUGGCGAGGUGCGGAUCCACGACGUCUUCGGCGUGCCGUCCACCGUCAAGAGGCACGCCGUGGGGCUGGACCUGCCGACCCCGGGGCUGCUCACCCUGCAGGCGGAGGUGCACCGCGACACGCCCACGACGCUGACGGUGGACGCCUACCGCGCGGGCGAGG